AACACAUGAGCUUAAUUGACGUUCAAUUAACAAAUUAAGUUAAUCAAACAUGUUGAAUUGCAACAAUAUUAAUCAAUUUUGAACUUUUCAAGAGAGAGUAAGUUAAUUAUACUUAAUUGUCAUUAAUUUUCUGUUUUGAUUUUGUUUUAUUCUUGAUAAACUUAUUGUAUUAAAAUUUCUGAGUGUCCAAGGGAAUCAACGAAAACAGAAUUGGCCCUGAAAGAGGUUCCGAUCAGGCGGAGCUAUGAUACACUUUCUCACUCAGAUGAUCUGAAUAUAUCUCGAUAAUCUAACCGAUAACUCUCUUGUUAGUUCAUCUUCAACUUUCCAAUUGUAAUUUUAAAUUCGAUUCUCCAACGAAUCUUGAUCUUAUAUUUUUAAUAAAAGUUUAACUUUGUAUUUUUUAUGCUCAACUUGUCUUAUUUUCCAAUUAUUCUAGUUAAUUAUUUUCAUUUCAAUUCACAACACAAAAAUCAUGGAUAUUAAAUACAAUGAUAACUUUAUUCAUCGUAAAUGGAAAGUGAAAGAGGAUGUGGUCAUCUCGGGAAUGUCUGGUCGAUUCCCAAAAUCAGAUUCGGUGGAUGAAUUUACAGCAAAUCUAUUUAACUCAGUUGAUAUGAUGACCGGAGGAAAUGAUCGAUUUCAAUCAGGUCAUAAUGGUUUACCUCAAGCAAGUGGAAAAGUUUGUAAUCUACAUGAAUUCGAUGCUCAAUUUUUUUCGAUCCCUGAAUAUCAGGCAGAUCUCAUGGACCCACAGUUGAGGAAAUUGUUGGAAGUCACUUAUGAGGCGAUCAUUGAUUCAGGUUUGGGAAUUGAAUCAUUAAGAGGAACUAACACUGGAUUUUUCUAUGGGUCAUCAUUUGCUGAGACUGAAAUAGCCUGGGCGGAAGAGCAACUUGAGUUUCCUCAAUACAAACAAAUGUAUGCAACAUUGAUUUCCUAUGUUUUCGAUCUGAAAGGACCAAUAGGUCACUUCGACACAGCCUGUGGGUCAAGUUUUUCAGCACUGAAUGAAGCAUUCGCAGCAAUUAAAUCAGGAAUUUGUGAUAAAGCUUUGGUCGCUGGAUUCAACAUUUGCUUAAUACCAUUUGUCACUACACAGUUUCGUGACCUACAAAUGGUUUCCCGUUAUGGUAGAUCAAAAUGUCUCGAUAAAUCAGCUGAUGGUUAUGGAAGAUCUGAAGCCGUUUGUUGUAUCGUAUUACAAAAAGCACCAGAUGCUAAACGUAUUUACUCAACGAUAGUUAAUUGUCGAUCCAAUGCCGAUGGUUAUAAAGAUCAGGGUAUUUCAUUUCCAUCGGUCAAAUUACAACGACAGUUGAUGUACGAAACUUACACUGAAGUUGAUCUUGAUCCAACCAAAGUGAGCUAUGUCGAGGCUCAUUGUACUGGUACUCAGGCUGGUGAUCCCGUUGAACUAAACGCAAUUCACGAUGUUUUUUGUAUUGGUAGAGAUCCAUCAGACCCGCUGAAAGUUGGGUGUUUAAAAUCUAAUAUGGGACAUGCUGAGGCCGCGUCAGGUCUUUGCGCUACAGUUAAAGCCAACAUGGUAUUUCAAAAAGGUCUUAUCCCUCCAAAUAUAAAUUUCGAGAGUCCUAAUCCUCGAAUUGAAGGACUAAUGAAUAAGACAAUUGUUCCAGUUACAACCAUUACUCCUUUCAAAGGUGAAAUUAUUUCACUGAGUUGCUUUGGUUUCGGUGGUGCUAAUGUUCAUGUUAUUCUCCGAGGUCAUGACGUCCGAUCAUCGGCUGAUGAGUUCAAUUUAACUUUAUCAAAAUGCCCUCGAUUAGUAAAUAUCCCUGGUCGUUCAGUUGAGGGCAUAAAACAUGUCCAAAAUUAUCUCGAAUCAUCGGUCAAUAAAUUAACCAGAUCAUUUCUCGAUCUUCUUAAUGAAUAUUCGAAAACUCGUAAAAUGUCUCAUCGUGGAUUCACAUUGAUUGAAGGAGAACCUGGAAAAUAUUCAAUGAAACAUUUCAUUGGAAAUCAACUCGAUUCAGUUGAGCAUAAAAAAGUCUAUUUAACAUCAUCAACAAAUCUAAUCAACGUUGAUCCAAAUCUUAAAGAUUUACCUGUUUUCUCUGAUACCAUCAAUAGAUUAGUAUCUUACCUCAAACCUUUUAAAUCGAAUUUAUUUGAUCUCGUUUUUGGUGAGAUGGAAGUUAUCAACCCUUUGGAAUCGAUUGUUAAAUCAAUUGCUAUUCAAUUGGCGCUUGUUAAUCUAUUUAAAUCGAUACAAUUAAAUAUCGAUGGAGUUGUGAUUCCAACAAUUGGAUCUUUGAUUAAUCUUUAUGCCAACAAUAAGAUGACUGAACAAGAAGUCAUUCUAAUGGCUUAUUGGUUUGGACAUUUCUUCCAAAUAAAAGACCAAUCAAUAAUCAAUCCAACAAUUGAAGUUUUAUCGUCAUAUGAACAAAUUAAACCUCAUUUAUCAGAAGGAAUAAAACUCACAAAGAAAACAUCAGGUAAAUCAUGUAUCAUCUCAGGACAUUAUGAAGAAAUAUUUUAUUCGAUCAUCAAUCUACAACUUGCUAAUAUAACGAUUAAAUGGUCUGGAGAAUCAAUUGACGAUCGUGGAUAUUUCAAUGGUUUAGAUAAAAAUAUCUUAAUGAAUCCAGGACGGAAUCAAGAAGUUAUCAAUAAAUUCAAAAGUCACAUGAUCAAGACAAUUUUAUUCUCAGAUCAUUACAUUCAAAUGGUUAAAAAGCUUACACAAGCCGCAACGAUAAUAAUUACUAUUGAUGAGCAACCAUUCUAUGCACCGAAAACAAUCGUCAAUUCAAAAAGUCCAACUGUUAAUUUUAUUCAAUAUAAUUUAUCCAACAACGAUGAAGGUUUUCUAUCUGGUGAAAGUUUAUUUACCUGUUUAGGUAAAAUUUACGCUGACCAAGGAAUCGAUUAUUGUCUUGAACAUUUAUAUCCAACUGUUAAUUAUCCUGUUCCAGUUGAUACUCUUUCACUUAAUUCAUUAAUCAAAUUUGAUCAUUCGGCCGAUUGGAAAGUCUUCAAAUAUCCUGAAUACUUCAAUAUAACGAAAUUAACAACCACCAAUAAUUUCACAGUUAAUCUCACUGAUUCUGAAGAUUGGUUCUUGGCCGAUCAUAAAAUCGAUGGUCGAAUCCUUUAUCCAGCGACUGGGUUAUUGAUGCUUGUUUGGUACACGGUUGCUAAAUGUCACGGAUCCGUACCGACAAAAUUUCCAAUUGAAUUUCGUGACAUCAGAUUGAUUCGAGCUACAGUUCUUCCAAAAAGGGAUAUCAAAUUUAGCGUCCAAUAUUCACCUGAUAACGGGACUUUUAAUAUCAUUGAAAGUAAUGAUAUUGUUGCUUCUGGUAAAGCUUUUGGUAAUCCAGAUUUGGAUCUUGUUAAAACUUCUAACCCUAAAUUGAGAAUUGAAGAAACUAGUGAUUACAAUCUAAAUACUGAUGAUAUUUAUAAAGAGUUACGAGUUCGUGGUUACGAUUAUGGUCCACAUUUCCAGAAAUUAACUUCAGCUUCGAGCUCAGGAUUACAUGGAAAAGUUGAAUGGCGAGAACCGAAUAGCUCGCAGUUAAAAGCUUCAUCCAUGUUAGAAAGAACUCAAGCCGGAAUUUUCAGUUUUCUGAAAACUUGGGUAACAUUUACUGAUUCAGCUUUACAGUUAAUUUUGCUCUCAAGUCAAAAGAAUCGUGACCUUUAUAUUCCUACAGGUUUCCAAUCAUUAAUCUGUGAUCCAGUAUCUAUCAUGGAAACAGUUAAUCGAUUCAAUAGAUCCUUGCAUCUAAAUGAUACACAAAAGGCUUCUGAAUCACCAAACGCAAAUCCAUCUGAGGAUGAAAGUUCGAAUGGAGACUCAUCCAGACGAAAAAAUCCAGAAUUUGAUGUGUAUCACGACCCGAUAACUCAGACAGUUAUGACCGAUGGUAUUUGGAUCAAAGGUCUCCUCGCAUCCGAUGCAAAUCGACGAAAUCAAUCAGUUACACUCGAGACCUAUGACUUUGUUCCAUUUCAUGAAAGUUGUGUAGUCGAUGAAAUGACCUUACAAUCAAUCGAAUCUUAUUCAGCAAUGAUUUUUGAACUAAUUGAUUUGUUUAAAAAAAAGACUCUAACCUCGAUUGAGAUUAGCGCAGAGGAAAUGGAAUCAUUUUCGAAUACAAUUGACCUGAAAAAAGAUCAACAUUCAUUGGCUAAUUAUUUAAUCUGUUUGUGUCGAGGAGAAACACCAACAAUAGAAAUUACCUCUAAACUAUCUGAUGACAUGUUGAUUGGUACAAAUGCAGUUCUUCAUUCAGAUCCACGAUUUCUGAAAGCUUUUGUAAAUACAGCAGCUAAUUAUCAAGUCUAUAACAGUUCUGACAAUUCGAACUCCAAAAUUGUCGAAAUCAAUGAUUCUCAAGCUUUCCUCUUUGAUUCUAUCAAAUCAUUUAUCGAGCUUCAAUCAUUAGGAUUGAUCAAAUCAGAUUAUAUUCUGGUGAGAUCAACUGUACCUGAGCCAGAAAUUGCUGAUAAACUUUCGGCUGUGAAUACAAUUGUUUGGGAUAUCAAUGAAUCACCAGCUCCAAGCGACUUGAGUAAAAAUGAUUUAGUUAUUUACAAACUAUCUAAUCAGUCAAUUGAUUCAUUAAUCGAGAAUAUCGAAAAAAUUCAAUCGAUUCUAAAACCCAAUGGUCAUUUGUUAGUAUUGACUAGAGAGAACUCAUCUAACCUAGAAAGUCUAAGAUCGAAUCUAUUUGUUCAAAAUCUAUUGAAAGAUUUUCUUCCGCAUUCAAUUGACUCAAAUGUACUAAUUGAAAAAAUGAAAGAAAAUAAUUGGGUUUGUAUAAGUAAACGAACCCUUUCACCUGAUUCGUUACCUUUGGUCGGAUUAAUGUUCAAAAAGUUACCAGAGUCGAUUAAUCUUGAAAAACAUAAGAUUAUCCGAGUUAAUCCAUUUGAAUAUUCGUGGCUCGAUAAUCUCAAAGAUGAAAUAAAAGCUGAUGAGGAAUCAAUCAUUUGGUUGAUAAGUCAAAAUGUUUCCGAUGUGAGUGUACUUGGUUUAGCUAAAUGUCUGAGUUUAGAACCUUAUGGAUCUCGAAUUCGUUGUGUUGCUCUUCAACCUGGUUCUAAAGGAAUCGAUUUAUCAUCAAUCGAUUUGCAUAGUUCAAUUUUCCGUCAACUAAUAACCAAUGAUUGUAAAUUCAAUAUUUAUGACGAUAAACUCGGAUGGGGAGAUUAUUGUCACUUCGAGAUACCGACAAAACCAGAGACCGAUAGCAAAUGUUUAAUCCUAAGUAAAGAUGCUUAUGUCCAAUGUUUAAUUCCUGGUGAUCUUUCAUCACUUGUAUGGACUCAAUUCAAUCCAAUUCCUGACCCUAAAAAAGGUCAAUCUCUCGUGACAAUCAACUAUUCGUCUCUUAAUUUCAAAGAUAUUAUGCAUACGACUGGAAGACUACCUUCUAAUCUGAAUCCCGAUUGGCGCACGCCAAUAGAAAUGCCAACACCAAUCGGAUUAGAAUAUGCUGGUGUCGAUUCGAAUGGUAACAGGAUUAUGGGUCUUGUCCCUCAUCGAGCAUUAGCGACUAAACUCAUAAUUGGGCCAAAUGAUUUCAGUUGGCCUAUUCCUUCAACAUGGACCAUGGAAGAUGCAGCUACCGUACCGGUUGUUUAUGCAACUGCGCUUUAUAGUCUAUUGAUUCGUGGUAAACUUCAUCAAGGAGAAUCUGUUCUUAUUCAUGCAGGAACUGGAGGAGUUGGAAUAGCAGCGAUAAACAUUUGUCUUAGUAUGAAUUGUCGAAUCUUUACAACGGUUGGUACAGACGAAAAACGGAAGUUUCUCCAAGAACAAUUUCCUUCACUCGACGAGACGAGUUUCGCUCAUUCGAGAUCAACUACAUUCGAAGAACAUAUUCUUAGGCACACAAAUGGUCGAGGUGUUGAUGUGAUUCUCAAUUCAUUAUCUGAGGACAAACUACAAGCAAGUGUUAGAUGUUUAGCACCGGGUGGUCGGUUCCUUGAAAUCGGUAAAUAUGACAUGAUGCAGAAUAAUAAGAUUAACGUGGGACUUUUCGAUGAGGGUCGAACUUUCCAUAGUAUUUUACUCGAUUUGUUUUUCAACACUUCAAGUCAUAUGGUCGGUGAAAAAGACAAUUUGGAACCAGCCAGAAAGGAAAUUAGAUCAUUUAUGAUCCAAGGAAUCGCUUCAGGAGCAGUUAAGCCACUUCCACGAAAAGUUUUCGAAAUAAAUCAGGUUGAAAAGGCUUUUCGAUUUAUGGCUACAGGUAAACAUAUUGGGAAAGUCUUGGUUAGGAUUCUAGAUGACGAAAUUAAUUCUACCACAGAAGCAUUGAAAAAUAUACAUGAAGCUCAAUCGAUCCCAUUGGCAAUUAGAUCUCCGAUUUUCUAUCCAACUAAAGCUUAUAUUAUUAUCGGCGGGUUCGGUGGAUUUGGUUUGGAAUUAGCAUCUUGGUUGGUCAAAAAAGGUGUUCGUCAAUUGGUUCUUAAUUCUCGAUCAGGACCUAAGACGUCUUAUCAUAAACUGUCUUUGGAUCGAUUAGAGUCACUUGGUGCUAAUGUCAUCAUAUCGACACACGAUUUAACUAAUGAACAAGAUUGUUGUUCGCUUUUCGAAUCCCUUUCACCUUAUCCAAUUGGUGGGAUAUUUAAUUGUGCUCUCGUUUUGUCUGAUGCUUUAAUAUCCGAUCAAAAUGCUGAAACUUAUGAAAAAGUUUGUUCAUCUAAAGUAAAAAUAACAAAGAAUUUAGAUAAAUUAACUCGAUCAAUGGCUCCAGUUGAUUAUUUUGUCAUCUUUUCAUCAGUCGCUUGUGGACGAGGUAAUACAGGUCAAUCUAACUAUGGAUUAGCCAAUUCUUAUAUGGAAUCGAUUUGUCAAGAGAGAUUCAAACAUGGACUUCAUGGUCUAGCGAUCCAAUGGGGAUACGUUGGUGAUGUUGGAUUUGUUGUUGAAAAAUUCGGAGUUCAAGUUGAUUCUAUUCGAGGUACACAAGCUCAACGAAUUCACUCCUGUUUCUCUGUACUAGAACGAGCAUUGGUUUAUCCUGUUCCUGUUUUGUCAAGUUUGGUGAAAUCAGUUGAUACCAAAAGCUUUUCAACUGGAUCUGGAGACAUAGUCAGUUCAAUUUGUCAUAUUUUGGGUUUCAAAGAUGUUAACUCACUUGAUCCAAAUGUUACUUUAGGUGAACUCGGUAUGGAUUCGUUGAUGGCGAUUGAAGUUCAACAAGUUUUAGAGAAACAGUACAGUGUCUCAAUGAACUCGAAGGAGAUUCGAGCUCUAACCAUCAUUAAAUUAAAGGAAUUAUCAAACAAAAUUAAAAAUGGUAAACAAACAUCAGAAUCUCUGACAAAUAACAGCUUGGGCGUAAAUGAAUCGAGUGAAAUAAAUACGAUGACAGGGUCACUUUUAUCUCUGCAAGUUCCAAAAACAAUAACCAGCAAUCUAAAUAGUGCAUUAAAAGAAUCAAAUUCAUUCAGACCGAUCUAUUAUGUUCCUCCCCUUGAAGGAAAUUAUGAUAUAUUGAAUGGUCUAAUUGAUCGUAUCAAAAGACCAGCACUUGGACUUAAUUGGACCUACGAUCUUUCCUCUCUUACAUCAAUCGAGUCUGCAGCAAAUUAUUAUGCUGAUUAUUUGACCAAAUGUCAUUCACCAAGUGACAAGUUACAUAUGAUUGGCUAUUCUUUUGGAGGAAUUAUUGCUUAUAAUAUCGCUUGUGAAUUGGAAACUCGAUUUGUGUCCAACGGAAGUGGACCUAUUAUCGAGAAAUUAAUUCUAAUAGAUGCUGAUCCUGAAAAGUUGAAAAACGUGGUAGAAACUCUCAAAAAUCGUAUCGAUGAUGCUCCUUUGAGUACCCAAGAGACUGAGUUUAUUAAGAGUGUAAUGAAAAGAAUUUUAGCGAAUUUCGACCCAAAUCAAUUCGAUGCUGAAAUAGCUAAUUGCUCCAAUCGAAAAGAAAGAUUCGAAAAAUUCACAAAAAUAAUGAUCGAUAAAGGAAUUCCCGAAGAUAAAGCAGAUAUGAUUUCUAAAGUAAAUGAACUUAAUUUUCAAAAAGCACAAAUUCUUGCCAAUUAUUCACCAAAAAUGAAAUCGAAAACUGAAAUAAUUCAUAUUCGAGCUAAAACUGAUCUACCAUUACUACAAAAUGCAAAACAAACUCAAUUCAAACUUGGAACCGAACACUUUUUCGAUGGUAAUCAUCACACGGUAAUUGGAUCAAAUUUGGACGCUAUCGAGAAAAUAACAAACAAUUUCUUCAUUAUCCAAGAAGAUGAUAAUAAUAACGAUAUAACAAACACCCAAUAAUCUAAUUGAAUUAAUAACCAAGAAUUAUAAUCAGCAAUUGUUUAGGAUAUAAAUUCAUAAUUUCGUAAAUAUCGAUAAAUAUAAAGUCAAGUUAAUAUCAACUAUAAAUCGUUGAAAAGUUUUCUUGACAAGAUUGAUUUACAAGUAAAUCCACUAAGAAAAUAAUACAAAUGUACUUUUAAUUGUUUGCAUAAUUAUUAAAUUAAUAUUUUGAAUUAA